UCUUUGUAUAUCUUCACGCCCGCUUGCCUUGUAAAUGUUUCGUUGAGCUCAAGCUUUCAAGGACCUUUCUUUGGUUUGAGACCUCAUUAUAUGCAGGGAUCAACCAGAUCUGACAACUAAUGUGAACACAGGAUCGCGAUCUUUGUUAUUAUCAUCAGGGUCGGUGCCACGACCCCAAUUUUUUAUCUGUCUUUAUACGGGAUUGUGCUGCAUUGAAACGACAUAGCAACUCCGAACCCUUCAGGUGAAUUCCUUCAGGGGGAUCCUUAAGAGUCGCCACUAGCACGCAGAUUCAGCACGUCAACCGCAUGCCCAUCCUUUUUUUGCUUAAAUAACUCGAUCUCCCAACGUACCAUUUCUCUAUCUUUCCACCAUGCCAAAGCGUAUUCCUACCCCUCCUCCUGGAGAUGAUGAACCUCGCUACCUCACUGUCGUUCACCCUUACGUCCUUGAUGGCCAUUGCAACAUGGAGUUGCCCAAGGAUAGGCAAGACUUUGCGCGUUGGGUGGCAUGCUGCGUCGACGCAAAGUACUUUUACGCAUUUUUCCACAAGCCCAGUGCACGCGACAUGGUUAUUAUCGAAAUAGCUCGCGAGUGUCCCCAGCUGGAUCGCUUAAUCGGCGAGCAUCGCUGGAAGGAGUUCCUCAAGAACUCGUCCAAACAAGAACAGGACCAAGUCACCAAGGUUUUUUAUUGCACUUAUAGCACUGGAAGACAGGUGCAGAAGAAUGGCUGGAAGCGUAUAUAUGUCGAAGACGCUUGGUUUAAAAUGUGGUCGCCGAACAAUCAUUUCAUCACUUUCCCUUACCCUGAAACCCAUUUCUGUGAAGUGCCAAUUGAGGAUCAGACCAAUCAUCCCAUGUGUAGGCCCCUUCCGGGCGCUGUAAAGCGCCCUCCCCCCGAGACGCUGACCGCUCCUGUACCAGUCGUCGGUUCUGAACAAUGGAUUACCGACAAACAGCUCCCUGCUCCCAUCUCAAGGGCAGGUGCGUGGGCCAAAGGUGCUCCGAAAUUUACAGCACCAGUCGGCAACGGAUGGAAGGCUGCUAUCGCCAUUUCCUCUCCGCCCAUCCCUGGGCUCAAGAAGCAGCCCGCAGUUGGUGGCGGACCCAUCGCAGUGAAAGCAUCUGAUGUUUGGGUCGGCCUUCCUACGCCCUCAGGACUUGGAACGAAUGGGUGGUCAGACUCCCCUACCGGAUCUGGAAGGAACACUCCCCCAAGCGGAGCCCCCUCUCCUUUACCCAGAACGUUAUCCAACCAAUCUCCCACCGUCCCUCCCGGUCUGAGUGGUCCACAACCUUGGAAUGCCGGGAUGUCUCACCCUACUUAUCCUCCUGGAAUUUCAGCAGUACCAAACGCAUGGAACGCUCCUCGCAUCGAGAUGGCGCCUGGCAUCGAUCGCGAUAACACGAGUAUCGCUAGCUGGAGCUCCAACGGAGGGUCCUCCAAUGCCAGCACUGACAUCAUACUCACUCCUGACGACGGUCCAUGCAGGGUUCAAGUCCAAAUUUCGGAAAGCAUGGAACGGGCGCUGGACGGGUUGUCAGUUCAUGAUGACAUAGAUCCCAAUCUCGCUGAGCUGGACUCCAUCGCACCCGGAAAUUGGGAUGAGCCUAUGGGUACUCAAGUUUGGUCAGAUUAUCCCAUCGGCGAUGGGGUUACUUGGGACGAUGCUCCUGCAGAUGCCGAGACACAGUGGAGGGAGCUCAAUGACAGCAAGGAGCAGGAGAAGCCGAUUAUCUGCAACGCCCACGGAAUCAUCUGCAGGAAGGGAAUUUGCAGGGAGUACGCGAAGCAGGUUCGCGAUGUGGAGAGAGCACAGAAAGAUGCAAGUUCGAACAACAAGAAGGGUAAGGGCAGAGGCAGAGGCAGGGGGUAUGGCGGAGGCGGCGGAGAAGGAGGGAGAGGCACUGAUCGUGGUGGAGCUCCUAACGAUGCUUUCCGAGGUCGCGGUGCGCCCGUGAAGUCGAACUGGCGAAGCGCUCCUAGGGCCAUCGUAUCCGCUGCUGCCAUUGAGCGCCGGGAAAGCAUCAACGAAGCGGAAUCCGUCGCAGCUGAAACUUUGAAUGCAUGGGAUAAUACGUCAAAUGCCUCGUGGAAUGCAGGCGAAGAUGUGCCUGAGGAGGAGGCACAACCUGCGGGCAAUGGCGCGCCUGAGCCGUCUGAUGAUGGUUGGGGCAAAUCUGAAGCUAGUUAUGAUCCUUGGCAGACUGAUAACCCUUUGGAGCCCAAGCCUCAGCAGAGGCCCCCGGCGCAGACUCAGCAAAAGCCGAAACUGCAGACACAGCAGAGGCCCCAGUCACAGCGGAAGCCUCAGUCUCAGGCCCAAUCCCAGCCUCAAUGGAGGCAGCAGCAGCAGAAGCCGCAGUCGCAGCAGAAGUUCCAACCCCAACAGAAGUUCCAAUCCCAGCAGAAAACCCAGCUGAACAUCAACUCCAACAACUCCUGGGCCAAUAAGAAGGCUUCUACUUCCUGGGCAGAUCAGGUGGAUGCCCAUAGCGCUGCUGGAUACCCUGACGAUGAUGGGUUCUCUGCCGUCAGUAGCAAGCGUGGUGGGCGGACCUCGGCAAAGGCUCCCAAGAGCUCUACCAGUGGGUGGGGCACUGUCGACGAGCAGCCCUGGUGAGCGUAUUGAGCAAAUACAAUUGCAAUGUCGUCCGGCCUCCAUGCUUGUAUUUUUAUCUGAACCUCCAUUUCUUGUACUACUACUACCAUUCCUUGGGCGAUAUGUACCAUACCCUGAUAGAUUUUCAUACCUAUGUAGUAUGUACUGCCGAAUCAUCUUUCGUUUUACCACUGUCCAAUCACUAGUGCGGCAUGCGAUUGUUGUCAUGUAUUGGUGAUUGAGUUAU